CAGAAUGAUGUGCUUCGUCAAAUUUUCUGUUCUCCGCCUCGACGACUGCACUCUAGGAACACAGUGAGCUUGUCCUGUUACGCGUUUCUAAGAGCUUCUUAGAGGAAUCUUUCUAUUUUUGUGUGUGGAUUAUUAUGUUGUCAACAAGUCCUUUUUCAGUAUAAAUCCCUAAAUGUUGGCUUCUAGUCCUGCCCACUGAUGGUGUUCUCUGUUGAAACUCGGAAAUAGGGGGUCCUCCAAUCUGCUGCUGCUGUCAUUGCUCCACCCUACUAACUAACCGGCAGAUUGAACAGUAGGGACAGUAGAAAUCUGUUAAUUCUCGUAGCGUACCACGCAGUCUUGUUGCUGGAGUUGCAUUCUUCGCCCUCAACUUUGUUCUACCAACUUCUGUGAUCGAGAAGGCAAGGAGGUGUUUGAGUGGGGAACUCCAGCUUCAAUUUAAACUCCCGGGUGGGUGGCGAUGACCGAUACCAAGAUGCAUGCCGAAAAUAUGGGCAUGCAGCCACCGAGUUGCACCGCCAUGGAAGAGAAAAACUCAAAUGAAUACGUGUAUAUAACAGAGAAAGCUCCUCGCCUGGCCGGGUUUUUUCUCAAGUGCUUCUGUUGGCUUCUUGAGAUGAGUCUAUUGCACCCUAUUAUUCUUUUUUACUUGAAGAAAGUGAACAAUGUCACCAAGAUAUUUAUGAAUACGCAGUAUUCCGAGGAACCCAUGUAUAAACCGCAAUAUUUUGAUGAGAUAGAAGAGGAGAAGUUUGUACAAGUUCUGGAGACGAAGUUCUCUGCCCCUGAGUGUGUAGCAGCAGCUGUGGAAUGUCUGCCGCCUUAUUUGUCGAAUACCUUAACGUAUUGUGGGAAAGAAGACCAAAUCGACGUUCGAAAGUUUCAGUACGCAACAAUUCGUGACUACGCCGAUGCGUACACUUCCGGAAGGGUUACUCCAACAGAGGUGGCUAAACGGUUUCUCACUUCGAUAGAGGAUUCGCGGAAGAUGUCACGAGGUUUAAAUCUGUUUAUUUCUUUAGAUUUUCAUGAUGUGAUCUCCCAAGCUGCUGCCGCAACAGAAAGAUACCGACAAGGGAAGCCAUUGUCUGUGUUGGACGGAGUUCUUGUUGCGGUGAAAGAUGAGAUCGAUUGCCUGCCUUACCCCACCACCGGAGGAAGCACGUGGCUAGGUAAAGCCAGGCAAGUAACUAAAGACGCAGCGGUUGUGAAGCGCUUACGGGAAUGUGGAGCUGUCAUGGUUGGCAAAACCAACAUGCACGAGCUCGGCGUUGGAACCACAGGCAUCAAUCCUCACUAUGGGGCUACCCGUAACCCCCAUGACAUGACGAGGGUCUCGGGAGGCUCAUCAGGCGGAUCUGCCACUGUUGUAGCUGCCGGCCUUUGCCCAGUUGCUUUGGGCGUGGAUGGAGGAGGUUCCGUACGAAUGCCAGCCAGUUUAAGUGGGGUGGUUGGUCUCAAACCCACUUUUGGCCGAAUUGCAAAAUCAGGACUUUUGCCUUUGAACUGGACAAUAGGAAUGGUGGGAACGCUCACCGGCACUGUGGAGGAUGCAUAUAUCGUGUAUGCAGCUGUCCAAGGACAUCUUCCCUCUGACAAACUUGUGUCCAUUCCUCCUCCAGCAACUUUACCUCUUCUAAAUGACGUUCAAAUGGAACCAAAUAUCAUGGCGAAAUUGAUAGAAGAAAUUAAACUUGCGAAGUUCUCAAAGUGGUACAAUGAUUCCGAUGAUUCUGUGUGGCGUGUGUGCGACUCAGCCUUGCGGCUAAUACAGGAUACCUACGGAUGCAAAGUUGUGGAUGCCUCAAUACCAGAUCUUGACAAGAUGCGAUUGGCGCACUAUAUAACGAUGGGUGGUGAAUUGACUGCCUCCCUUGGCGUCGAGUACGAAAAUCUGGGUCGAAAGACAACUGGUGGAGACGUCCGGUCCACUAUUUCGAUUUUUCAGGGUUUCAGCAACCGAGAAUUCGUCACAGCACAACGACUGAGGUCGCGUUGCAUGCAACACCAUAUGGAAGUCUUCAAAGAAGCGGAUUUUAUUGUCACUCCGACUACUGCGUGUACAGCACCACCCAUCAGAGAUGAUGCGGAACAAUAUGGAGAGUUGGACUACCAACAUGGAGGAAAGUUAAUGCGCUUUAUAAUCGCUGGAAAUCUCUUAGGUCUGCCAGCUAUAACUUUACCGGUAGGGUAUGAUGCCAAAGGAUUGCCUGUAGGACUUCAGCUGGUCGGGAAACCCUGGUCUGAAGCUGCACUUCUGCGUGUGGCUGUUGCUUUCGAGAAAAUUUGUGCACCUCAGCACCGACCAAAAGUCUAUUACGACCUUCUGAAUUGACUCCACCAAACUAAGGUGAAAGCCCCUAUGAUUGAACGUAUGUACCCAUGACCAAACAUAGCCACUGCGUGCAUGUGCAGAUGAUAGACUGUACGUUCAUGGGUGCACUCCAGUCGGUAUUGCAUGCUGCUAUCUCAGUUGAGAAGCAGGUGCAGUAGGCAUCAGAAGUGGUGAAUGCGUGGCAUGAGGAACUAAACAUCGUUGCUCAUUUACUUAAAGAACGUGAGGAUAGAGAUCAUCGGCAACCUGCUCGUGUGUGACCUCACUAGAUUGUAGGAUCCGAGAGUACUCUGUACUGCAUGAUCGCAGCCAGGAAGUUUACGUCAAGGUGGAAACAAUUGUCAAGGUAUUUCUACGGUAGGAAACAUUGCUUAAGAAACAAUAGAAGCGACCUCAUAAAUUCGCUGCGUGGUUACCACUGUAUAGGAUCAUCGUUCUUCUAAUAAUCUUGUAUCCUGAUUGUCACUCCCAACACUCAUGAAUUGGUGGUGUUUUCCUCUCAAAUUCA